GGACGAUACAGUAUAUCCCAUGUUGGAGCAUGUGGCAGGUGAGGGCCCGUCACUGGCUGAGGACUCUUUCAGACCUCUGCUGGGCCAGCUGGCAGACCAGUCUUCCUGUCUGGCUGUGGAUCGGAGGGACUCGUCCAUGGAGCAGCUGGUUGGUCACCCGCCGGCACACUCGUCCAUGAUCGGUCACUCACCCGGUCCGUCAGUUCCACUGAGCUUGGAUCAAGGUGGAUGGGAUUCCACUUUGAGUCGGAUGAUUGGUCGACUCUCUCAUCAGUCCGGCUCUCAUUGGCUGAGUGGUGGGCAGGACUUCUAUGCUGGUCAGCUGAUGGGUCAGGUGCCGGCGGAGCAGUCGACGGCGUGGCUGGAUGAAGGUCCAGAGGAAAACCAGAUGAGACCGCUGGUCGGGGAGCUGGAUGAGUCCGCUGGCCAGCACAGUGGAAGUUCAGAUGAAAGGACCCACGUGGAUUUUGGAGUAUCGACCGAGGCCAGUGGGCCGUCACACCCAGCGCUGCCUCCUGAAGCCUCGUCACACAGCACAUCUGUCCCGGCUGGGAGUCCACAUGUACAGAGCCAAACCAGUCCAGUGGAGCAGGACCCAGACAGGACUGAAGUGUUUGCAGGCUCAGACUCGUUCCACCCUCUGCUGGCUGAGGUCACCCACAACGAGACAGCCGACCCCUCCAUGAUCUUUCACCACGUGCCGACCUCGCCUGUAAGACAGACAGCCAGCGGGGAAUGCAGCGACUCUGAAAGCCACAGUGUUGAGUCUGAACCGUCACCUGAGCGCUUCAGAACAGAGGCGCUGUCCAGCUGCCAGCUCAUCACCUCCCAGUGCCUUCCUGGUGAAUCUGUCCUCAUGCUUUCUCCCACCACGAGGACAGAUGUGGAGCUCACAGCUCUCAGCCUGUCAAAUCUAACCGUGUGUGAUGAUGCAGCUACCGUCAAGCUGCCGCAGCCAGAGAGAACAGAGUCAAACAGAAGCUGCUUUUCUGAACAGCGCGAAUAUUCAGUUUCAUUCAGCGACGACUGUGCUGGAGAACUGAAGAGUGAGGUUUCACACCUCAGGAAGACCCUUCCUCUCUUUGAUAAGUUAAUGGAAGCUGCCAGUGAGAAAGGGAUCCUUGAGCAGUCAGAGAUAACACUUGUGAGCUUGACAGAUACCACACUGCAGGAUCAGGAGACGACCAUCACAGAGGAAGACAAACUUCCAGAUGGAGGACGGGAAGGAGGACAGAAAAGCCAAGACACAGAGGGCUCCGAGUCUUCGCUGUCAGUGGAUGAGACUCCAGAGGAAAAAAAGCAAACACCCCCAGAUUCAGCAAUGCUCCUGGAGUUUCAGUGGGGUCCCUGCAAAGACCUGCAGGUGUCCCAGCAGCAGAGACGCACAGCGCUGCUGCAGAGAUCAGCACGCAGGGCGGAGGAAGUCAAGGCCAGAGGGGCUCUUGCAAAGAUUCAACCUGAGAUCCAAGCUCCAUCUGACGCCACAGAGCAGUCUAAAACUACGGAACGCCAACCAGUCACCUGUAAUGAAAAUACCAAACUAGAACCCCAACAAAAGAUAAACACCAAAUCCAAGGGGGGACAGGCUAAGCUGCAUCAAACUACUGAGAAAUCUGCCAUCAUGAAGCAGAGAAAGCCCCAGCGUCCCCCUCCAGUGAGCCACUCCAGCCUAAAAACAGUGUGUGAGGUGAAGAGCUGCACACCGGAGCAAAGGAAGCAGGAUGUUACUGAGAUGCACCAGAGAACUCGGAGACUGUAUGAGCAGCUGGAGGAGGUGAAGCAUCAGAAAGCCGCCAGGAACCGACAGGAAGAUUAUGCAAAAAACAGACUGAAGGCCAAAGAAUUCCACAAGAAAACUUUGCAGAAACUUCGGGCCAAGCAGACUCUGAAGUGACUUUAAUUGUUUCUAGUUCAACUUUUGUACAUUUAAGUUAUUUUGUAAAAUUUUAUCAAUAAAGCUUUAAGUUAUUUAAGUCUA